AUGUCGUCCGGGCAGCCCCUCUCUCGGCCCUCUCUGGCUGAUUUCCUCUCGCACAUCGCACACCCUCGGAUCCCAAACAUCCGCCCUCGCCAGUCCACCGCGUCGCUGAAAUCCGUCGCAUCUGUCAAAGUUGACAAUUACAUUCCGUGCGCCGUCUCCAAACAAGAUAUGCGUCCAGGUAUCCUCCGCGACCCCGACACGACCCAGAAGCUCCUCGAGGCCAUCCUCGACACGCCCGGUGGCCGUCGUACCGUCGCCCGUCUCGCGCGGACAUGCAAGGCAUUCAAGGAGCCCGCGUUGAACCUGCUUUGGCGCGAUCUCGACAGCCUUGCUCCCCUCCUUGGGCUCUUCCCGAGCACCAUCUUGAAGCGCGCCCGCCGGCCGGGCAUGGGCUUGUUGAAGGCACCAGAGCGCGAAGAUUGGACCCCUGUCCUCGCAUACGGCACACGAGUCAAAAGCAUUGCAUACAUCGAGAGCUCCGGAAAUAUCGUGCCGUCGAUCCUUCCACUUCUGGACGAACACCGCCCGGCGACGCACAUCCUGCCCAACCUCACGUCUCUCACGUGGAAGGUCGAGACUUCGAGUAACUUGGAACGCUGCCGCAUGUUCCUUGGUCCUCGGAUCGAGGCGGUUACGCUCGAAGUGGGUUCCAAGACACCGAGGAUCAAUGAGCUCUUGGAGGAAAUCGCCAGUCAUCGCGGUCUCACGGCCUUCUCGUUCACGAAGCUCGCACUCAUGGCGCCCGGUGCGCUGGCCGCUCGAGUCGGCAAGUGGGCGUCCGGACUGCCCGCCCUCAAGACAUUCGCGGUAGACCUCUCCGCGCGCUCGACAACCGCCGUGGAGGGCUUCUUCGACGAGAUCGAUCCUGGUUCCGGGUACACGACCCCGAGUUCCGUGGGAGGGACGGACAGCGGCGUGUUCUCGGGCGACGAGGUCGACUUCUCGGAAGCUCGCAAGGCUGCGGUGCGUCUUACGCGUGACGGGCCUCGGCGCGGCGCGUUCGCUCGGCUCUCGAACCUCACCCUCACCGGCGACGCAAUGAACUUCGCGAUGUUCCUCAGACACCUCUCCAGCCCGCUCUCCCAGUUGGACCUCAUCAUGGAAGAUCCCCCACAGUCUGUCGACUGGCACGACGUCUGUGCGGCCAUCAGCGACCAGUUCUACGACACCCUCCAGUCCCUCCGUAUCAGUGCGACCAGCGGCUCGCGCUUCGGGGAGCUCGUCCGCGCGACGUCGCGCGGCGGCGACUUGCCCAUGCACCACCUUCCCCUCACCUACUUCUCGAUGCUCCCUCGCCUGUGGCGGCUGGACAUCGACCUCCCCGAAUCGGUGCUCUUUGAACAGCGUGACAUCACCCACAUCGCGCGCGUCUGCCCCAACAUCGAGGUCCUGCGCCUUUGCCCGAACGCCCGGUUCCCCGUCACCGGUUCCCCUCCACCCUUGGCUCUCGAGGCGAUCGUGCCGCUCACGCGCAGCUGCCGCCGCUUGCACACGCUCGCGCUGGUCGUGAACGCGGCGGAACUGUCGAGCGACGCCGUGUACUCGACCCGCGUCGUUUGCUCGCGCUCGCUGCUGCGCCUCAGCGUUGGCCACUCGUGGGUCAAGAACCCGCUGCAGACUGCGGUCCUCCUCAGUCACCUCACGCCAUACCUGGAGUCUCUCAAGUUUUUCGAUCAGAAGAGCCGGCUCGGAACGGUCGACUCAAACGCGAGCGGGUGGCAGCGGGUCGCCGAGAUCCUGCCCCACGUGCAGCACAUCCGGCUCGCGGAAAGGAAGCUUCAGCCUCCUCCGGCCCCCUACGUUCCUCCGCCCAUGGCCGACAAGGGGGUGGACGCGACGCCCAUCAUGUUCGACGCGGCGAUCUCCGUACGCCCUCAGCUACAGGAGAUGUCCGUUCAGGCCGUACCGCAGGUCGUCGAGUCUGGAGUUCAAAGCGUCCCGGCGACGUGCGAGGUCUCCAUCGACGCGACCCCCGUCUUCGCCGACGCAGAGGUCAUGGCCGUCGCCCAAUACUGCGAGCAGGGCGUCGAUGCGGCCCCCGCCUUCCACGAGAUGGGCGUGGACCCCAUCUCCUUCUCCGACACCGCGUCCGAGUUGAGCUCGGACGACCUGCCCCAGCCUAGCGGAGCUCCGUCCAUCUUCACCCCCACCGGCGCGGUCCAUGGGGUCGUCAAUCUCACGUACCGCGUCGUUCGGUUCUACACCGCCCCCAUCCGUUUCGUGUUCUCGUUUAUGCCCAUGCCCGCAAUGCCCUCCCCUAUGCCGUCUCCCCUCUCGAACCUCAUCUACACCCAGCCGUCCGGCCACGAGGAUAAGGGCCUUUCGGAGAACGAAAAGGAUGCGAUUCGUCGCACUCGCUCCAAUGGGCCCUUCCUUUUGGAUAUCAACCCUGUAUGCCAAUGA